AUGCAGCUCCCAUUGUGGGUGUCGGCUCUGGUCCUUCUGGGUCAGCCUUUCAUGGCCAUGGCCGAUGCUGAUUACUGUGCCGAAGAAAACACGGCAUCCUCAAGUGAUGCAUCCUCGGAUACAUAUCAAUCUAGUGGCGCAUGCACGAAACACUGCGGAUCGGAUUACGGGUUUGCCGUUUUGCAGGGCAAGAAGUGCUGGUGCUCCAACGUGGCACCAUCGAAGAAGUCGAGGAACAAUGAUACCGCGAAAUGUGGCAGUACAUGCCCUGGCUAUCCCAAAGAAUACUGCGGAGAUGCAGGCUCGGGGGUGUUUGCGUACGUCGAGAUUUCGAGCGACAAGGUGACCAGCACCGCUGGUGACUCGGGAUCCACGACCACAACGUCCUCGGAUACCACCACUUCGCCAAGUGUCGCAGUCGAAACGAAUUCUGGCGGCGAUGUCAAGACCGUCACCAUUGGCAAUUCUGCAGCGAGCGCUACCGGCAGUGCCAACGCAAAGCCCGCCGAGGAAAAGAGCUCUGGUCUGAGCGGAGGCUCUAUUGCUGGUGUUGUGAUCGGUGUGGUAGGCGGUCUUGCCCUCCUCGCGGGCCUGAUCUUUUUGAUCUUCUUUUACCGGAAGCGUGCUCGCUCGGGCAGCCCCACGCCGAGCCAAGAUAUGAGCGCCGUCGGGGGUGUCGCGGGUCGGAAUUACACCGACAACCGCAUGAGGACUGUUUACCCGAAUGGUCCCCGCGACAGCAGUGUUUCGCUUCAGGACAACGAAGAUUACUCUCGACCUGUCCUCCGGCUCACCAACCCCGAUUAA